AUGGGUCGAUUGUUACUUGAGCCUCAAGCAAACGCACCAGCCGAAGCAAACCCUAAAACCAGACCAGGCUUUAACGACACCUACUUCGACACUAACAUGGUCAUCAUUUUAGCGGCUCUACUCUGCGCUUUAAUCUGUGCUCUCAGCCUCAACUCUGCCUUACGCUGUGUGCUACGCCUCACAAGGAGGUUCACUUCAGAUCAAGACGCAGACGCUUCAAACGCUAACGCAAACGCAAAUUCGGGACAUUCAGCAACUCCCACGGGGAUAAAGAAACGGGCGUUGAAACAAAUCCCCGUGGGGUUGUACGGGUCAGGGAUCAUUAACAUGAAAGCUACGGAGUGUUUGAUCUGUCUCGGAGAUUUCGAGGAAGGAGAAAAAGUUAGGGUUUUGCCAAAAUGUAACCAUGGCUUCCACGUGAGGUGCAUCGACACUUGGUUGCUUUCACGUUCCUCUUGUCCUACUUGCAGGCAAUCGCUACUCCUUGAGCAACCGCCGCCGAUUGGUGGUGGUUCCCGGCGGGAUAAUGACGUGGCAGUUUCCGUUUCAUAG